AUGCCUAAAGAUAAAGACAAAAAUGAUAGUAAAAAACCUAAUUCUAACUUACGUGAUGAAGAAAUCGCUACAGAAUUUGGUUGUGACAGAAGUACAGUAUCAAAAUUUCUUAAGCAAAAGAAGUGGUCUGAAAUAAAAAAAAUAUCACCUAACUCAAAUGCACUUAAAAUCAUUGGUCCCAAAUUUCCUCAAAUUGAAAAAGCUCAUCAAAUGUGGGUUGGUACUGCCAAACAACAACAACUCACAUUUAUAGGUGAUAUAAUUCGUCAAAAAGCACUUCAUUUUGCAACAUUAUUAAAUGUUUCAAAAGAGGAAUUUAAGGCAUCUCAAGGAUGGCUUGCAUGGUUUAAGGCUAGAAUAGGUUUUCAAAAUCAUCGAAUUUAUAGUAAAGCUAGAAGUGCCCCUAUUGAACUUCUUCCACAAUUUAGAGAGAAGUUAAAAAAUAUUUUAGACACUUAUAAACCGCAAAAUAUUUUUAAUACUGAUGAAUGUGGUUUAUAUUAUCAUAUGAAAACCCAAAUUUUUGAAAUUAUUAUAGCACAACGUGAAGCUCAAGAAAUAAUUAAUCUAACUGAUAACCCGGAUAUUCAACAACUUGCACAAGAAUAUCUUGAUAAUGAUAAAUUUAUUGCUAUUGAGGAAGUAAUGAAUGAUAACCGAAUUAUAGAAUUAAUUAAUAAUCCAGAUACUGAUGAUAAUGAUAAUAAUCUGCCCAAUAGUUUUAUUAAAGAAACUGAUGAAGCUUAUUUGUAUGAUUUUCUUUUACGAACCUAUAGAGCUUCCAAUAAAUUAAUGAAACAAAGUACUCUUGAAGAUUUUUUAGCUAAUGAUAAUUCUAAAAAUUAA